GACAUGCUCUCUCUCUCUCUCUCUGUCCCCAUUCAUUAGAAACGUACACCACGCAGUCCACUAGUCCACCGGCAUGUCGUCGCAGCCGCCGCACGUCCUCCUGGUGUCGUUCCCGCUCCAGGGCCACGUGAACCCGCUGCUCCGCCUGGGCGCCCGCCUCGCCGCCAAGGGCCUCCUCGUCACCUUCACGACGUUCCGCCACGCCGGCAUCCGAGCCUUGCGCGAGGACGGCGCGUGCGUCGCCGCCGCCGGGCGCGGCCGCCUUCGGUUCGACUACCUCCGCGACGACGGCUGCGGGCCACGCUCUCCGGUCCCGGGCGACCCGAGCGACAUGCUGCGCCACGUCGCGGACGCGGGCCCCUCGGCGCUGGCCGGCCUCCUCCGGCGCCAGGCCGACGCCGGGCGCCCCGUGGCGUGCGUCGUCAACAACCCCUUCGUGCCGUGGGCGCUCGACGUGGCCGGGGCCGCGGGCAUCCCGUGCGCCACGCUGUGGAUCCAGUCCUGCGCCGUGCUCUCGCUCUACUACCACUUCUACCGCUGCCCCGAGGGCUUCCCGACCGAGGCCGACACCGCCGCGCCGGUCGCGGUAGUGCCGGGCCUGCCGACGCUGGCCGCGGACGAGCUGCCGCUCAUGGUCCGCCCCGAGCACGCGGGGAACCUGUGGGGCCAGACGCUACGGGCGCAGCUCGCGGGGUUCAGGAAAAAUAACACGGUGGCCUGGGUGCUGGUCAACACCUUCGAGGGGCUCGAGCGCCCCGUCGUCGAGGCGCUCCGCUCCCACGCGCCGGUGACGCCCGUUGGCCCGCUCCUGGACCACGACCACGACCACGACGGCGGCGGCGACGACGGCUGCAUGGCGUGGCUCGACGCGCAGCCUCCCGGGUCCGUGGUGUACGUGGCGUUCGGCAGCCUCGUGACCGUCGGCUGCGGCGAGAUGCUGGCGCUGGCGGAGGGCCUGGCCGCCACCGGCAGGCCUUUCCUGUGGGUGGUGCGCGACGACAGCCGCCGGCUCCUCCCCGACGGCGCGCUCGCGGCGUGCGGCGGCAGGGGCAGGGUGGUGGCGUGGUGCCCGCAGGGGCGCGUGCUCCGGCACGGCGCCGUCGGCUGCUUCGUCACGCACUGCGGCUGGAACUCCGUCGCCGAGGCUCUCGCCGCCGGCGUGCCCAUGGUCGGGUACCCGUGGUGGUCCGACCAGUUCACCAACGCCAAGCUGCUGGCGGAGGAGUACGGGGUCGGCGUCCGGCUGCCCGCGCCGGCGACGCGGGACGCCGUCCGCGCGUGCGUCCACGAGGUGAUGGGCGGGCCACGGGCGGCGGUGUUCCGGAUGGCGGCUAAGGCGUGGAAAGACGAGGCGGCAGCAGCUGUUGCCGAUGGCGGGUCCUCCGACCGGAACCUCCAUGCCUUUGUCCAAGAGAUACGACGGUUUCAUGAAACAAGAGCUGGAGGUAGCAUGAUCAACUCCAACAUUUGAAUUCGAUCGAUAUUCGUUGAGAUGUUCGAAAGCUUUAUUUACUGGUCAAUGUUAAACAGACUUGUGAAAAGGAUUGUUCAAUAAGAAUCUUUCCGAACUAAGAAUAAGAAUGAUCUUAUA